GCCUGCGUGCCAUUGAUGGCUACAGCUGUCAAUCACCGGGUUGCGGCCGGAGAAUCCCUACUGGCACCCAGAGAUCACCGAGGAACACUGAAAGGGGAGAGGUCUGUAUGUAAAAAAUACAGAUCUCUCCCCUGUCAGCACCAGCAUGCUGCUUUGCAUUGCUCUGCAUGACAGAGCAAUAGUAAAACACACACAGGCCACAUAGUAAAACAGCACACAGUACACAGUUAAACCUUUGAUCGCCCCAGAUGUUAACCUUCCUGCACAGUGUCAUUAGUACAGUGUCAGUGCUUUUUAUUAGCACUGAUCACUGUAUUAGUGUCAUUGGGAUGUCAGUGGCAGUUAGUCAGUUCCCACCCAGUGCCAGAAUGCCCGCCACAGUCCCACAGUCCUGUUAUAAGUCAUUGA